AUGACCUUGCAUCUCAGUGCAGAAAAAUCAGACUUGGAGCGAAACUUGGAUCAAAUGUUCAUUUUAAUCAUGGCCAUGCUGAUACAGCUGAUGCAGUUCGGUUUUGCUUUUGUGGAAGCCGGCGUUGUCAGAAGUAAAAACGUGACCAACAUCAUGAUGAAGAACUUACUAGAUGUCUUGGUUGCAGGGAUUGCAUACUGGUGCCUUGGAUUUGCCUUCGCUUAUGGUCAAGGCAACAGCUUUAUUGGCUGGGAACACUGGGCAUCAGCAGAUCUUCCCAACGCUGGCUUAGCCUUCUUCUUCUUCCAGUUUGUCAUUUCUGCCACAGCUUCAACAAUCAUCUCAGGCGCAGUGGCUGAACGCUGUGAAAUGGUGGCAUAUUUCACAUACAGCUUUUUCAUUACAGGUUUUGUUUAUCCAGUUGUCAGUCGCUGGGUGUGGUGUUCUCAAGGCUGGCUCAACCAAGGCAACAACUAUGACAUCAACGGAGUCAGUGAAAACAUACACUUUUAUGAUUUCGCAGGCAGUGGAGCAGUCCACCUUGUCGGUGGAACAGCAUCAUUUUUUGGCGCUCUGAUUUUGGGACCCCGUAAAGGACGCUUCCAUUACGAAAGUAAUACAAUUAUCCACCUUCGAGGCCAUUCCGCACCAAUGACCGCUUUCGGAACUUUUAUUCUCCUUGUUGGUUUUAUGGCUUUCAACGGAGGUUCCCAGUUAUCAAUAACCAACCCUGGAGACGGAGAAGCUGUUAGUUUGUCCAUUGUCAACACUGUGCUUUCUGCAAGCGCUGCCGGUUAUACAUCUGUAUUUAUUCGCAGAGCUGGCAUACUUGGCCGAAACUGGAGUUUAAUAUACACAGUCAAUGGCGCUAUCGCAGGCAUGGUGGCUAUUUGUGCUGGUUGUAACGCUGUCAAACCUUGGGGCGCCUUUGUUGUGGGCAUAGGAGCCGGGGCGACCUUCAACUUGGUGUCCUGGUUGAUGUGUAAAGCAAAGAUCGAUGACCCUGCAGAUGCUGUUGCAGUUCACUUUGGCGGCGGAGUCUGGGGCCUGCUAUCUGUUGCUUUUCUUAACUAUGACACCGGAAUACUCAGCAACUGGGACAUGCGAUCUGGACUU